CUUUUGUUUUUUUUCGUCCACCACCAAGCUGAUUAAAGUUAAUAAAAUAACAAAAAUUCUUUGUAGUUCACUCUUCUCUUGUAUUUUCUCAUGCUAUCAUCAUUUAACUACUAGGCAAUAUCAUUUAUGGGUGUAUGUUUCAAUAAAUGAUGUAUGUACAUUUCAUUUCCAACCCCACAAUUCCUUAGCAGAAGUUGUUUCACAGCUGUGAUGGACUGCCAUGAAACUUGGUUCAAACCCUAAAGAUAACUUAUUAUCAUUUUGGUGACCCACUCCCUGACUUUUCAUGUUGCACCACCAUCAGGUCCCAGUCAUCCAAUAUUUUGGUUUAGGACUGAAUACCUACAGAACUAAUGACUUUCCCAUCAGCCUCAUCUUUAUGUUGUGUUUUGUGCCAAUUAAUAACUGUUGGUAUGCUAAACUAAGAUGGUUAAAAUAAUGCCUGCGAAACAUCUUGCAUGUAAGCAGUGUCAUUGUGAGCAUGCUGGCCUUCAGUUUUAGUCCACAUAGCAUGGACGUAAACUCAGUCUUGUUGAUAUAUAAUGAUCAACUGAUGAUAACUUUGAUAUUUACUGCUUUGUUUUCUUGGUAAAAUCCUGUUUUGCCUCAAAGACCACAAUGGAAAUACUUGAACCGUUCAACAACAUUUCCACCAACAUUAAAGGGAAGGUCAUAAAAUCACCUGGUUUUCCCCUCCCACUUGAAGUUCCUCAUAGUUCACAGACUGGAGAAUGUCUUUGCUGGAAAACAGACUGAGCGUUUCCAUCCAGCGAUGAAGGUCUGUCGCUCAGACAUGAGGCGAUCUGCUCUCAUAAUCCUGAUGCUCUACUUCUGCUUCUGUGCCUGCUCACAAACUCCCCAUGAAGUUAUCUAUUUUGUGGGCUGCUUUGUGAAUGGCACAGUUGAGGUUCAGUUCGAGUUUGAUGCUGAGGAGAUCUUAUACAUGGAUUUCCUAAGAAACGAGAUCGUUUACACUGUGCCCAGAUUUCUUGAUCCUGAUCCAAGUCAAAUUUUGUUUGGUAUGAGUACACUUCGCGAUGCUCAUGAAAACAAGGGCCUAUGUUUAUCACUUACUGCAAUGGCAGCACAUGAAAAGAAAAAUCUACCAGAAGAAAUUGACGCCCCGGAGAGCAUCCUCUACUCUGCAGAAAAAGUUCGCCUGGGUGUUGAAAACACCCUCAUCUGCUUCGUGAAUCAUUUCUACCCACCUGACAUCAGAGUCAGCUGGACCAAAAAUGGUCAUCCGGUGUCGGAGGGGCUGUCACUCAGUCGGUAUUUUCCCAAUAAGGAUCUGACCUUCCACCAGUUCUCCACACUGACAUUCACACCGAGGGAGGAGGACAUUUACAGCUGCACUGUGGAACACCUGGCCCUGGCCCGACCUUUAACAAGGAUCUGGGAUCAUGAAUUCACUCACCCCAGUCCUUUACCAGAUAUCGUCUGUGGAGUGGGCCUGGCUCUGGGCUUGUUGGGAUUCAUUGUUGGAGUAUUUUUUAUUGCCAAGGGACGCUAUAGAGAUUAAUUUCUCUAUCACUGUCACUAAUGCUCUAUCACUUAUAUACACAUUGCAUCUGACAUACACUGUAUGUUUGAUUCUGUUUUUCAACUUUCAACUGAAACUUGAAAGGGAUUUUAAUGUUGAUGCAUAAAAGUGCUUUAUAUUCUCAAAUUGUUUGCUUUUAAGAGAGUGUUAUGAAUAAACAAAUCAGUGGAGAUGUUUUACCAUG